GCUGUCAUCUUUACCCAUAUGGAAGAUCCGGGUGUUAAUUGAAGUUAACAAGUCGCUUUGCAAGUUGGCUCUGGUGUGGCAAAAAGUGUGCGGUUGACCAUUUGACAGCUAGGUCUAAUUUAUACACGAUGAAACUCCUAUAUAAGUUAACAAAAUGCACAGCAGUGAACUUACUGAAGCGCAGGAAUACACAUUGUUUUCCAAAUCGUACGUACUGGGUGGAAGAUACAGUUCUUAAGGGUACAUGGAAGAGACGAGAAUAUGUAUCACGUCGAAUGCCACUUUACCAUUUGGAGUCUGUGGUCAGGUCGCCAUUGCCCAGUAUCCGACUUGGAGAGGUUUCAUCACCCCGGGAUCUAUGGAGACUCUCGACGUACAAACAGCACUGUUACACUACCUCCACUGAUUCAAGACCUGCCGGUCAAGAUGGGGUUGAAAGUGAAGACAACGCAACGAAGACUGGUAAAACCCUCAAGCCAGUACCAUUGGAAGACAUCCGAAGAUUACUGCGCCUGGGACACCCGGAGCGAUGGCGCCUGUUGACGGCUGUGGGUUUCCUGAUGGCCUCCAGUGCAGUAACCAUGUCGGCUCCCUAUUUCCUGGGAAAGGUCAUCGACACCGCCUACUCCAGCAGCACUGCAGACUUCAAUUCGUCCCUGACCUCCCUGUGUAUGAUGCUGGGUGGAGUGUUCAUCUGUGGGGCAGCUGCUAACACUGCACGCGUCUACCUCAUGGAGAUCUCUGGGGAACAGAUUGUGCGAAACUUGCGGGAAUCUCUCUUCUCCGCCAUCAUCAGACAGGAAGUCGGGUUCUUUGACAAGACUCGUACUGGGGAUCUCAUCAGCCGCCUGUCCUCAGAUGCCACCAUUGUGGGACGCUCACUGGCGGACAACCUCUCAACUGGUCUUCGCGCCGUCGCUCAGGCAGUUGUGGGUGUCAGUAUGAUGUUCUACGUGUCUCCCAGUUUGGCUGCAUUUGUGCUGAUGAUUGUUCCGCCCAUGGCCGGCAUGGCGGUGUUCUAUGGCAGAUACCUGCGCUCCAUCUCCAAACGCACCCAGGACUCUUUAGCUGAGGCUACACAGCUGGCUGAGGAGAGGAUCAGUAACAUGAGAACGGUGCGAGCAUUUGGGAAAGAGUGGAGCGAGCUGGAGAAGUACGUGGAGAAGAUCAACUACGUGUUCCAGCUGGCCAAGAAGGAGGCUGUGCUGAGAGCCGGCUUUUUUGGGAUGAUUGGUCUCUGUCACAACAUGAUGAUCCUGAUGGUGCUGUACAAGGGUGGCUUGCUGACCACCAGUGAACACAUAACUAUGGGACAACUCUACUCCUUCCUCAUAUACACCUUAUGGGUGGACAUCAGCGUUGAAGGUUUCGGCUCCUUAUACUCAUCGUUGAUGAAGAGCUUUGGUGCUGGAGCCAGACUGUGGACACUCGUGGAGAGGAAACCAGAGUUCCCCCUCGAUGAGGGCACAGUGCUGAGACCUGAGCAGUUUAAUGGCCAGCUGCAGUUCCAUAACGUGUCCUUUGCCUACCCAACCCGUAAGGACGCACCCAUCUUCCAGAACCUGAGUCUCGUGGUGCCGGCAGGGACGGUCAUGGCCGUGGUGGGGCCCAGCGGGUCGGGCAAGUCCACCCUGGUGUCCCUGCUGUUACGUCUGUAUGACCCAGAGUCAGGCAUGAUCACUAUUGAUGGCAGAGAUGUGCGGGAGCUUAAUCCUUCUUGGCUGAGGAGUCACAUCGGAACAGUCAGUCAGGAGCCAGUGCUCUUCUCCACCUCCAUAGCUGAGAACAUAGCCUAUGGUGCCGCAGAUCCCAAGAGUGUCACAGUUGAGGACAUCCACCAUGCUGCUAAGAUUGCCAAUGCCUAUGACUUUGUCCAAGGCUUCCCCAAAGGCUUUGACACCAUUGUGGGGGAGAAGGGAAUUCUUCUGUCAGGUGGCCAGAAGCAACGAAUUGCCAUUGCAAGAGCCUUACUCAAGAACCCGAAGAUACUCCUGCUUGACGAGGCCACAAGUGCGCUGGAUGCGGAUAACGAGAAACUGGUGCAGGAGGCACUAGAGCGUCUGAUGGUGGGCCGCACAGUGCUCAUCAUUGCCCACCGCCUCUCCACCAUCCAGAACGCCGACAAUGUGGUCAUGCUGGACCAGCAUCACGUCGUCGAGUGCGGCAGCUACACCAAGCUGCUGGCUAACCGUGACGGACUCUUCCGGAAGCUCAUGGAGAAGCAGGCCUUCAUGCAGGGGGAGCAGAAUCAGGCCCUGUAUGAGUGAGGCACCAGAGAUAUUUGACUUUAGAAGUGGGGGUUUGACUUACGAGUAGAUGACUAUGGCAGGGCAAGGGAUUGAAGUGGUUUGGGAGUAUAAAUACUUCCAUCAGUGAAUUUCAUCACUGAUGGCAUCUAUAAAAAAGGGUCUGCAGCAGCUGUAGUUUAUGUGGAAGCUGAGACAGUUCAGAGAGGAAAGAGACAUGAUGGUCCUUUUCUAUCACUCUUAACAUUCUGCUCCAUUGCUCGACAUUUUUCACUGCCAGUGACAAACAAAAACAAAUUACACAAGAUAGUUAACAUGGUCAGCAAGAUUGCUGGACAUCAGUUCAACUCUCUGACCACGACCUGCCAGGGUGGUGAGGAAAGGACAGGCAAUUUGCAGUGAUGGGUUACAUCCCCCGUAUGAGAUGCAGAAGAUGCAGCGUGCCGUCCUUACAAAACAACUGUUCUCGCAAAUCAUUUAUUCCCACCAGCAUUUCACAACUGAAUAAGAUAAAAUGUCACUGAUGAUGUUGUACUAUUGUUAGCACACUGGUGCUAAUGAUACUCCACUUUACUAUUUUAUAACUUCGAGAUACUUGGUGUUGUGUAUUGUGGUUGGGUGGGGGUGAGGGAGG